AGAGGGAGCGUGUAUUUCUUAUAAGACAUUUUUCUGGUUUCUUCUACUUUUCUUAUAGAAGGGAGCAAUUAUCAGUUGUCUUACUGAGAGUGCCAGGUUUUUAGCAAGGCCAAUUUUGGUUCAUGGUAUUGCAUUUACAAUCUAAUUAAGUUGCUGUGAACUCUUCAAACGUAUUUGUGAUCUGGUUUGAAUUUAAACAAAAAAUUAAAUGUUACAAUCAAAGAUGUGGUUGUGGAUUUUGAUCAGCUUUAAAAUGGUCUCAGAGCUGGAAGGAUAUGCAAAUGGUAAUAUCGCAGGUUCAUGUGGAUCAAUGUUACCAAAUCAUCCUGGGUUUGGUCCUGAGACGUCUAAACCCCCUUUUAUGAUUACUUGCCAAAAUUGCAACAGUUCUGAAGACCCCAUAACAGUUACACUAAAGAGCAACAACUACAACAAGUUUGCGGGAUUCAUGCUGGAGGCUCGUAAUGCUAGUUUGAAUGGUGAUGGUCCUGCUAUUGGGAAGUUUAUUGUACUUGACAGAGGAAAUACUAAGCUCCUGACAUGUAAUGGUCCAGAUUCGGCAGUUAGUCACAACCACAACAGGGAUAAGACUUCUGUCAGUUUUAACUGGACUGCACAGGGAGCAGAUUGCAACAUCAUCUUCAGGGCCACAGUUGUUGAGGGUUAUGCAGUCUAUUGGGUUCGUGUGGAACACCCUCAUUAUAGACCUACACCCACUCCAGAGCCAACAACUCCAGAGCCAACAACUUCGGAGUCACCAACUUCGGAGUCACCAUCUCGCAAUUUUCAAAAGAAUGAGAAUAUUGGCUUAAUGAUGAUGUGUGUGGAGAAUCUUGUGGAAGCGGUGACACGGACUAUGGCUCAAUGUUUCAGCAGAUUCAAAUUUCAUCAAAAUAAGGCUUUGAUGGCAUUCUGCAAAGCAGCCUGUGCUAUACUUGCCGUAUUGUCUUUGGUCUUUUUUGUCAUGGUCGAUCAUUAUAAAGUCGCUCUCAUUGCUCUUGUGAGUGUGGUGAUUGUGAUCAUUUUCAUAGAGCUGGUACUUUUAUUACUGCCAUUGGGACCCAGUCAUGAACUGAAGGAUAUCUGUGACCUUGCUCACCAAGCCUGUUGCAUAAUCCACCACGUUUUCACUAUUGCUGUCAUCCUUCUUGGAGUUGUCAACUGCGUUAGCCUCUGCGAAGACAAACAGAAAGUAUAUUGGCUUCUUAUAGUACUGAUAGCGUACACAGUAUGGAUUCUUUUGAAUGAAAUCUGGGUCUCUGAACGCAAUGUUCGAAAAAAAAAGAAACUGCACAAAAAUAGAAGAGAGAGGUCAGAAGAUGACCAACAUGAGCCACGAGGCAUGAAGGAAAAUCUCUGUGCAGUCAAAAUGGAUGUUAUCAUCGCAGUAAUCUUCAUUAUUGGAAACUUGCUCUUUACUGCAGCUGUCAUUCCUGGACUAUUUCAGUGUCAGUUCAAUUAGGUCUGUGCAGCGACCUGUGUAAAAACAUAUCAGUGUAUUUCAGAAUUUCAUUUUUCAAUUUUACAUAUCCUUGUGUCCUACUGGUUUUGUUUUGUACUUAAUAAGCUUUAUGUGUUUCUGUGUGUAUAGACACUUAAAUUAUAACAUAUCAACUUUUAAAACUUGAUUAUUUUUCAGUUUUUCUUUUUUCAUUUUCAAAAACAGUAACAAAAGGUGUGUCCCUUUUCAGCUUAGACUCACCCACAGUAUGUUUACAUACUUUCUUGUGCCAGACACAGCCAGCCAUUACCAAGGAAAUGCUAUAAAAGAGUAAUCAUUUUACUGCACAGUAACUGUGUGGAACGUGUUUCUCAGGUGAAAACAAAACCUUGCAACAUCAAUCACGUUAGUAUUUAUGGAAGGUUAGAGGAUGCUUGAAAUGAAGCAGUAGCUGCAGACAGGAAUUCCCCUUUGUGGAUUGUACAACUUCACACAGUAAACUUGGUAUUAGUGCAACAUAUUCUUAAAAACAUCAUGUGAAUAACCGAGUUCUUCAUGUGUACAUACACACUUUAUGUAAAUUACUUUUUUUUUUUUUUUUAAAACACUGUGUGUCUAUCAUUAAUGCCGUCAGUUCUUGAGCAACCUUCAGCUAUUACAUCGAUCAGUUUGAUGAUUCAUCCGUCUGGUAACUUCGGCCAAAUGACUAACGUUGAAAUCAUUUUUAGAUAAUAAACUUGCUGUUGUUUCCUUGUUUCUCCGUUUUGAUUUAUAAUAAUGUAGCUUUAGUUGAGUCCUACAUUUGUUAAUAACUUUCUUUGUGAUUAUCAAAAUCAUUAAAUGAACUUUUGAACCUUUCCCUGCAGCCCUCAUUACCCAAAGUGGCUUCUGUAAAUGAUUGAGCUUCUGUGUAAACAUGUAACUUCCUGGUUGAACUGUAAUCUCUUACUAACAAAAGCACAUCUACCAUUUCCCACUAUAAAAAAAUGGAAAUUGUUUUUUGUUGUUUUUUA